AUUAGUGUGGUCAUACGCUACCCCAUGAUAGCAUGAGGCUCUUAUAUAAAUACGUUUCCUGUACAGAACACUCAUUACAUGGGACUCCAUAACUGUCUGCAGAAAGAGAGAUUGAAAAUGUUGAAGCACGCAAUUCUUCUACUCGUCCUAUUUGCGGUGUCAUCGACAGCGUACGUUGUCACCGGAUCCAUUGCGGAAGAGGGCGAUGUCAACGCUGGAGCGACCCCAGUUGAAAACAUGGGAGAACAAGCCCAGAGGGUGGGCAUCGUGUUGCAAGACGUUGCUAAGCGCCUACGCAUUGUCGUCAAGACCAAGGACAACGAGCUGAUCACCGAUGAUGACGAUACAGAAUAUUUCGUGAAAGACAUCCUCGCCAACGUCACCAAAAUAGUGGGAAAAGUCGUUGAUGCUGCUACUGGGGCUGUUGGCGCAGUGAGGUCCACAGGCAGAAAAGUCGUUAAUGAAGCUGCGUCCACAGCAGCAAAUGUCGUCACGAAUAUUCUCGCGAAAGUAUCAGGAAUCUACGCUCUGGAUGAACGUUCAAUAACUGUCCAGGAUGUAUUGACAAGAUUGUGCGACGACAUCGAAGAUGCUGCGAACACAAUCUUCCAGAGCGGCGUGCUGCUUUAUGGAGGAGAGGUUCCAGAAGAAGAGAGUUAAUUCUGCAAUGGGAAAUGACGUGACAAACUACAGGUACAUGUAAAAAUGACAAAUAAAAAAAUCUCACAUUUGA